AUGGUGUGGUCAGUCAUAAGUGCCAAGGGUGUUGGACGGCUCUACGUUGUCCAGGGGACCAUGAGACAACACCAAUAUAAAGAAGUGUUACAAAAUCGAUUGUUGCCAACACUCAGGGAAUGGUUCCCUGAUAGUGAGAACUUCACCUUUAUGCAUGACUCAGCACCCUGUCAUAAAGCAAAAAGUGUCACCAAGUUUCUAGAAGAGAAUAUUAUUCCAGUCUUACCUUGGCCUGGCAAUUCUCCUGAUAUGAAUCCCAUAGAAAAUCUUUGGGAGAUCACUAAAGCAGAAAUUGCCAAAGAAAUGAUAACCACCAAGGUAAGACUGAUUGAAAAGCUAAUAGAGGUUUGGCAUCACAAUCCUAAAAUAAAAGAAAGUGCUAAAAAUGCAUAG